AUGGAUGGCACCAAUGACAGCUCUCAAAGCCAUUUCAUCCUUUUGGGGUUUUCUGAUCAUCCCCAUCUGGAGAGAAUCCUCUUUGUGGUCAUCUUAAUUGCCUAUCUCCUGACUCUUGUAGGCAACACUACCAUCAUCCUAGUGUCACGGCUGGACCCUCACCUCCACACCCCCAUGUACUUCUUUCUUACUCACCUUUCUUUCCUGGAUCUUAGUUUUACCACCAGCUCCAUUCCUCAGUUGCUCUACAACCUUAACGGACUUGACAAGACUAUCAGCUACGCUGGUUGUGCCAUCCAGCUCUUUCUGUUCCUGGGUUUGGGUGGUGUAGAAUGCCUGCUCCUGGCUGUCAUGGCAUAUGACCGGUUUGUUGCAGUCUGCAAGCCCCUACACUACAUGGUGAUCAUGAAUCCACGGCUCUGCUUAGUCUUGGUGUUGGUGGCCUGGGGGUGUGGGAUGGGCAACUCCUUGGCCAUGUCUCCAGUGACCCUGCACUUACCCCGUUGUGGUCACAACCAUGUGGACCACUUUCUGUGUGAGAUGCCAGCCCUGAUCCGGAUAGCCUGUGUCAAUACUGUAGCCAUAGAAAGCACUGUAUUUGUCUUGGCUGUGGGCAUUGUGCUUUCACCCUUGGUUUUUAUCCUGGUUUCCUAUGGCUACAUUGUAAGGGCUGUUAUACAGAUUCAGUCAUCAUCAGGGAGGCAAAAGGUCUUUAACACUUGUGGCUCCCAUCUCACUGUGGUCUCACUUUUCUAUGGAAACAUCAUCUACAUGUAUAUGCAACCAGGAAAUAGCUCCUCUCAGGACCAGGGCAAAUUUCUCACUCUCUUCUACAACAUAGUCACUCCACUCUUGAACCCUCUGAUCUAUACUCUCAGAAACAAAGAGGUGAAGGGGGCAAUGAGAAGACUGCUAUUGGGUAACAGAGAUGUUGGAAAGGAGUAA